AAUUUCUACGUAAAAUAAGGGGGUUGUUCGCGAUUCCAGAGGGAAUCUCGUGAGUAAUGUACAGAGUGAUCCGGCGGGAUUAAACUAUACGUCCAAGAAAGUGCACCCAAGCAAGAAUUACAGCAGGAGCACUGCCCUCCACUGAUAUAAGUGCGCGCGUUUAGAGAGAGAGAAAGAGAGAGAGAGAGAGCUGUAAGCGCUACCUUGGUUGUAACUGUUGCAAAAAUGCUCGCAUGAUCAAUGCUCCUAUGUAUUUAAAAUUGUUUCAGUUUCUCUGGCAAACAAUCCACCAGUGGUAACCUAGGGUUUAGGGUUUUUGUGGUGGAGCGAAUUAAAAAGGAAUGCUAUACAUUAUUGGGCUUGGACUGGGGGACGAUAAGGAUAUUACUUUGAAGGGCCUUGAAGCUGUGAAAAAAUGUGAGAGAGUAUAUAUUGAGGCCUACACUUCCUUGCUUUCCUUUGGCCUCUCCUCUAAUGGCCUUUCAACAUUGGAGGAUUUGUAUGGGAAGCCACUUAUUGUUGCAGACAGAGAGAUGGUGGAGGAAAGCGUAGAUGAUAUGCUUUACGAAGCUCGUGAAUUUGGUGUAGCUUUUCUAGUGGUUGGGGAUCCCUUUGGAGCAACUACACAUACUGAUCUGGUUGUCCGGGCCAAAAAAUUGGGGGUGGAAGUCAAGGUGAUACACAAUGCCUCUGUAGUCAAUGCAAUUGGGGUUUGUGGAUUGCAACUUUAUCGCUAUGGAGAAAUUGUCUCCAUACCAUUCUUCACCGAGACAUGGAGACCAGACAGUUUUUAUGAGAAAAUAUGUACAAAUCGUCUUCAUGGGUUGCAUACUCUUUGCUUACUAGAUAUACGUGUUAAGGAACCAUCAAUAGAAUCAUUGUGCCGAGGAAAGAAAUGCUACGAGCCUCCGAAGUUUAUGACAAUACAAAAUGCCAUUGAACAGCUUUUGGAGGUUGAACAAAUGCGAGGAGAAUCUGCUUACAGUGAGGAGGCAACCUGUGUUGGCUUUGCCCGUCUGGGUAGUGAAGAUCAAGUUGUGGUGGCUGGUUCCAUGAGGGAAUUAGUUAAUGUGGAGUUUGGCUCACCUUUGCAUUGCCUCGUCAUAGUGGGGAAGACCCAUCCUGUAGAAGAGGAGAUGUUGGAUUUUUAUACCAUCAGGCCCAAAUCUUUGUAGAUGAAAUAGAUAAGCCUUUUACUUUUUCUUUAUUCACUAAUUUAUUACAGGGACGUAUUCAUUCUCUCUCCACCUAAGUAGUUGGGAUAAAGUUUGGAUGAUCAUUCAUUCUUACUGCCAUUUGAGUUUGCUUUUGUUCCCAAUCUUGUUAUUGUUACUCUUAUGGAUCUACUCAUGACAUUACAUUAUACACGCACACACUCUCUCUCUCUAAUUUCUGUGGCCUAUUCUAUUUUA